AUGUUGUGGGAGGAAGCCAAAAGAGGCGAUGGGUUUCUGGGUUACAUUGAGAUUGAUAUUUAUACACAGAAGAAGAAGAAGAACCAAGAACCUGUCCAGCUGGCAACUCAAUACACUUCACUAAGUGGUCCAAACCUAGAGAGAGCGGAUGGUGCGAGAAGCGAGAUCACAGACGCCGAAACCCGAGCAGUGACCAGCAAAGUAGAGGGAGUUGGGUUUGAGACCAGGAUAGUCGCUGGCAAAGAGACAAAAGGGUUUGUUAUGGCCCACGAAAAUCACCGAUGUCCUCGGUGUAUAUAUAGGCUGCUUCUGUCAGUGGUGAAAAGCAUAGUGUUUCCACAGAUUACGUGCUGCGAGUGCUUGGUCUUGAAUCUUGAUGUAUGUUCUGAUACAAUGGUUGGUAAUGAAUAUGAUGAGAGGUGUCUCUGGAGGUCAAAGAAAAAGAGUAACAACAGGAGAGAUGACCGUAGGGCCAAGAAAGACGUUGUUCAUGGAUGA